GUACCUCCAGUGACUGCAAAGCGAAGGAGGAGGCGAGGGAGCGGAGGAUGCCUCCUUCAGCUGCUGCUCCCAGGGACCCUGGCCCAGAGCCCCCCGGGGAAGAGGGCUGCUGCCCAAGGAGCCCAGGCGGUAGCUGAGCCCCUUCCUCCCCCCGAUGCCCUUGGUCCAGAGGCAGCGCCAUGGGGAGCCCUCUCUGGCCGCCCCUGGUCCUCCUGGGAUGCUCCGCCUUGGCUGCAGGACUGAGCAGCAUUGUCGGAGCUGGAUCCCACUGUGAGAAAGCAUGCAAUCCUCGAAUGGGAAACCUGGGAUAUGGACGUAAAUUGUGGACAGAUACAAGAUGUGGAAGUAACUCCACAGAAUUUUACUGUUCAUACAGUGAGAAUGCAGACCUCAUAUGUAAGUGGCCUAAGUGUAGCAAAUGCAACUCAAUGCAUGCCCAUCUGGCUCACCCACCCUCUGCCAUGGUUGACUCAUCUUUCAGGUUGCCAUAUACAUGGUGGCAGUCAGCACAGGGUGUCCACAGGGAGAAGAUCCAAUUGAACUUGGAAACUGAAUUUUACUUCACUCAUUUAAUUAUGGUGUUCAAGUCACCAAGACCAGCAGCCAUGGUUUUGGAGCGAUCUCAGGAUUUUGGAAAAACAUGGAAGCCUUACAAAUAUUUUUCAACUAACUGCUCAUCAACCUUUGGGCUUGACGAUGAUGUAACCAAGAAAGGGGCAAUUUGCACUUCAAGAUACUCCAGUCAUUUCCCUUGCACUGGAGGAGAGAUUAUAUACCGAGCUUUAUCAUCACCCUAUUCUGCUGCUGAUCCCUACAGCCCUGAAGCUCAGGCACAGUUGAAGAUUACCAACCUUCGAGUGCAGCUGCUUAAGCAACAGACCUGUCCUUGCCAUAGCAAUGACUUGAAUGCAAAACCUCCACAGCUAAACUACUAUGCAAUCUAUGACUUUAUUGUAAAGGGGAGCUGCUUCUGUAAUGGCCAUGCAGAUCACUGUGUACCCAUCAAAGGCUUCAGGCCCGUUAAAGCAGCAGGAGUCUUCCAUGUGGUCCAUGGAAGGUGCAUGUGUAAACACAAUACUGCAGGGAUUCAUUGUCAACAUUGUGCGCCUCUCUACAAUGACCAGCCUUGGCAAGCUGCAAAUGGCAAGACAGGAGCCCCAAAUGAAUGCAGAUCCUGUAAGUGCAAUGGACAUUCUGACACUUGCCACUUUGACAUGGACACAUGGUUGGCAUCAGGGAACCAAAGUGGUGGAGUGUGUGAUAAUUGUCAACACAAUACUGAAGGACAGCAUUGUCAGCGUUGCAAACCAGGCUACUACCGAGACCUUAGAAGACCGUUUUCUGCCCCAGAUGCCUGUAAAUUGUGCUCCUGUCACCCUAUUGGAUCGGCUGUGCUUCCCUUUAGCAAUAGCACCUUCUGUGAUCCCGGCAAUGGUGAUUGUCCCUGCAAACCUGGAGUGGCUGGUCCUCAAUGUGAUCGGUGCAUGGUAGGAUACUGGGGCUUUGGAGAUUAUGGCUGCCAACCAUGUGAUUGUGCAGGAAGCUGUGAUUCACUGAAUGGUGACUGCAUCAGUAGCAGUGCAGCCAUAGACUGGUAUCAUGAAAUCCCUGAUUUUAAUUCUCCAUAUAACAAGAGUGAACUUACAUGGGGGUGGGAGGAUGAACAAGGAUACUCUGCUCUUCGACAUUCAGGAAAAUGUGAGUGUAAAGACCAAGUUUUACGAAAUUCCAAGAUCUUUUGUAGCAUGAAAUAUACAUAUGUGCUAAAGGCAAAGAUUUUGUCAGCUCAUGAUAAAGGCUCUCAUGCUGAGGUCAACGUGAAGAUCCAAAAAGUUCUGAAAUCUACAAAACUUAAGAUUUUCCGGGGGAAGCGGAUUCUUUACCCAGAAUCAUGGACAAACAGAGGCUGCACUUGCCCAAUACUUAAUCCUGGUCUGAAAUACCUUGUAGCUGGAUAUGAAGAUGUUCAAGCAGGAAGACUGAUAGUGAAUAUGAAAAGUUUUGUCCAGCAGUGGAAACCAGCUUUGGGGAAAAAAAUAUUGGAUAUUUUAAAAGACUGUAGCUGAAAUUGGCAAACAGGGCAUUUGUUCAUGCACAAAAUGCAAACUUGGAGAAAAGGAGACCUCUUCAAUGAAAACUGGAAUGUAAGAGAAUAGUGCCAAAUGUGUGUAAAGAGGUAUUCCAAUUUCCUAACCUUUCAUCCCAAUUAUAAACCAACUGACCCUAACUGCAUCAUUUAUAAAGUGUUUGGAGGUGUAGCUCCCACUCAAGACUGAAACCCUUCCAGCAGUCUCAUUUGGAUGUAAAGUGAUGUGCAGAAUGUAUUCCAGCCCCAACAAACAGUGAAUACACCAACAAGUUGUGCAUCCUUUGAGCCUUAUUACACAAGAAACCAAAACUAAAACAGCUGGAGAGUAGCGGCUUUCUCUGUGCCUUACCGUAUGAUAUCAUAACACUUCAGUUCUCUUCCCAUGGGAGAUGGUCAUCAAAGUGAGUCUUUUGUUGAACAGAUUUUUCUGGCUAGAAAAAAGUACUUGCUUUGACAGCCAUCUCCCACUGGAAGAGAACUUAUGCAUGAAAAUAUUGUGCGAUAAAGCAUGGAGAAAGUGGCUACUCUCCGGCUCCAUUUCAGCUUUGUUUUCUAGUGCAGUAAGGCUCUUAAAACUUAUUCAGGUCAACCUUUCCACUAAUCAUAUUUUGGGAGAAGGGGAAAACUACAAAACAAACUUACAUCCAUAAGUCUGAUCUCUGAAUUGGGCUGAUCUGCUUGAAACUAAGUUCCAUUAACUCAACAGAAUACUUCAAACAAUCACAGCUUUUAUGUUAUGUCUCCACAGUUAAUGUGGAUUUAGUAUCUGGCUUUAUAAGUGUUUUAUUGAUCUACACUGAUGUAUGUGGAACUGCCUAAACUUAUUUGAAAGUUAGAAACUUGUUUUCAUGUUCCAUUUUAGAAGAAUGCAUAAACACUAAUGAUGGACAAAAUGACUACCAUGUGCUAUAUCUGUUUAAAUCUUACAGCCAGUUAAUGAAAUCCACUGGAAUGCUAUUGUAUUAAACUUGUUUUACACAAGAGGAAUGUAUGAUUAGAUAACACUUGUUAAUUUCUAAAGGCUGUACUUGUAUGGAAAGGACACAUAUUUGUGGGGAAAAUCUACUGGACAGCACACAAAUCCAGACUAAAUCUAGUCCCAUCAAAAUGACCUGGAUAAUUUAGUCAUGAGCAACUAAAUUCAAUGUGAGUCAACUGUGUUGACCUAAAAUGGAUCCAACCAAUAAGGUUGGUAAUACCAUAUCUAAUUAGGACAUGCCUUUAUCCAACAGAGUUUUGUGAGACAUUAUUUAAAAGCAAUUCUGCAGAUUUUUAUUUGGGGCACUUAAACACAUUGGGUCCAAUUUUGUAGCCUUUUUAAACAUUAGGAAUUUAUUUCAAGACAUUGAAAUUAAAAAUAUCAUUGUAAGUUACAUUUGUAAUACAUUUGUAAUUUAUUUCAGACUUUUUGGGCUGACAAAAAUAGAUAGAACAUAUACUUUCAAGGGACCUUUUUUUUUAAGGCUGGUUCCGUUAUACACUCAUCCCUCUCAAUUCAUGGACUUGGAGUCCGUGGUCUUGGUCCUUUGCAGACAGAAAUCAGAGAGAGAUAAAAUUGUGUAUGGGAGAGCACAGCCAUUAUAACCAAUGGCAACUUGAAUAUUUGCGUUUUUCUGGAUUUGCGGGGGGGGGGGGGGGCGUCCAGCUCCCCUGCGAAUCAGGAGGGAGGCCUGUAUUUGGUUAAUAGUAUAAAUGGCAAUGUUUCCAUUAUGGGGCAUUACACACAUAUAAGUAUUUGUUUAUGUAAAGCACUUUAUUGUCUGCCCCUUUCCAGUCUUAAAAUGUUAAUGUUCAGGAACAGCUUAUAACACAGGAAAAAGUAUUCUGAAACAGAAGCACUCAAAAACUAUUACAAUAAAGCUAAUGCUUUCCUUCAUGUCUGGCAGUUACCACUCAGAAAAGCUAAGGAUAAAUUUUGAAAAAACUAAUAUAUUCACACUGAAGCCCCAACUUCAGACGAAUACUUUGAUUCUAUAGAUAUCAAGCAUUAUUAGAGUCUAUAUAUUACAAAAAGAGAUCUUUUAAAAAGAACAAUAAAACUUGUACUUGUUGAAAUGUGAUAGACUUCAUAAUUCAUGCAGGACGUGGCCUUUGUUUAUAGCAUCUAAUCUUGAAGAAUAAGUUCACGUUUUCUUUGACAUGUAAUCUAUACCAUGAACAGCUCAUGGACCAAGCAAGGGAGUCUCAACCCCUAUUUUGUCCAUAAGCUACCAAAAUGCAUAUUCUUCUGUUAUUAGAUUAUGCAUCUCUUGGUAACAAAUCUUUAAACUAGCACCAAAAAUGGUUCAACAUACAAACAUGCAUAUAUACACACACGUAGGAACAUACAUACACAUCCAUGUACAUCCAUAUGUAUGUGCAUGAAAGGCAAAAGAAAAGAAAUGGUAUUGUAACUCUUUUUUUUUAAUUAAAGAGUUACAAUACCAUUUAAAAACAAAACACCACACUGGGUCCUAUGUGUAUUUUCUAUUGUGGUCCUGUGGAUUCACACAAAUGAUGCUGUUUUGAAAUUUUGC